AUGCGGGAUCACACGUCGGGUGCUAAUGUGGAGGAGCUGCUGAGACAGUCUCAGAUGGAGCUGCAGUGGAUCCAGAGACAGCUGGCCAUGAUCGCCGCCAGGAACAUACAUCAGCAGCAACUGCACGCCAAGCUGAAGCGCGACGCUUCCUCCCAGCAAGCUUCAAACCACCCGGCCCACAACGCGAGCCGCUCUCGGCCGCUGGAGGAGAGGAACCGGGCUUUGAAGCUGGAAGUGGCCACGCUUCGCCAGGAGAAACAGCAGUGCAGGAAACUGAGAGCCAAGCUCCAUGCUGCCCUGCAGGAGAGGAACCGCCUGAACCUUGAGCUCGUCCACCGCCACCUGAAGGCGUCUAAAUAUGAACAGGUGCGAUCGGACUAUGAGCAGCUGGAACGGACCUUUGCUGUGGUGAGGCGGGAGAGAGACGUGGCCCAGCAGCAGAGGAGCCUGCUCCAGAGCAAAGUGGAGAAUCUAGAGCAGGUUCUAAAGCAUAUGCACGAGGCUGUGGCGCUGAAGCAGCAGCUGCACGUAGAGCAUGAGCGAGCCUUGGUGGCCCUCCACACCAAGCAGAAGGAGCUCAAACGACUGCAAAAGGCCCGGGUUCAAGCCGACCGAGAGCAUGAGCAAGCGGUGCACCUGUUAGAGGUCAAGGUUUGUGACCUGAAGCAGCAAUGCGGGUCCCAGAGUGAGCAGCCGUCCAAAGAGCUCCUGAAUUUCGGCUUGCGAUCAGAUACCGUGGACACGUCUCAGAUCCUCGUCUCACCGGAGAACAGAGUCAUUGCUGGAUACGAAGCACAGCCAGACACAGGCAAUGAGAGGGCAGCAGACUCGCCGCUACUGAUCUCCCAGUUCUCGCUGUGCACUGGAGGCGCAGAGCGACCAGCAGGAGGUCUGCUGCCUGUGGAACCCAGCGCCGUGACCACGGACCGGCCCGGCAGCCCCCGACGGCUGACGCCAUCAGAGAUGGAGGAUGAUGCCAUCCCAUCGCCCCGGUCCAAGCCUCGCUACACAGGCCAGGUCCGCCUCUGCACUGCCCGCUACAGUUACAACCCUUAUGAUGGACCAAAUGAGCAUCCUGAGGCUGAACUUCCCCUCGUGGCUGGGAAGUAUCUGUACGUGUAUGGAGACAUGGACGACGACGGCUUUUAUGAAGGGGAGCUGCUGGAUGGCCAGCGAGGACUUGUCCCCUCCAACUUUGUGGAGUUUGUCCAGGACAAGGAGAAACCAGCCAUUAAAGCUGGGGAGGGGGACGACGACCUGGGACCACUGGACCACGCACCACUGGCCUUGAUGGCGGUGGAUGGAGGCACAUCCCAGGAUGGCCUCCUGGGCUCAUCCAAUGCCCUGGUUCCCUGUAGCAACGGGACCGGGGGGCCCCUGGACCCCGAGGACCUGGCUGAAGAUGUUGUGCCUUAUCCCCGGAAGAUCACCUUGAUCAAGCAGCUGGCACGGAGCGUGAUAGUGGCCUGGGAGCCUCCACUAGUGCCUUUAGGCUGGGGGAACAUCUCCGGCUACAACGUGCUGAUAGAUGGGGAGCUCCGUGCCAGUAUUCAGUUCGGUGGCCGGACCAAGUGUUUGCUGGAGAAACUGGACCUGGACGGAUGCGUGCACCGCGUGUCGGUGCAGUGCGUCACCGAGCGCGGCCUGUCGGACGAGCUGCGCUGCACCCUGCUGGUCGGAGCCAACGUGGUGGUGGCCCCGUGCGGCCUGCGGGUGGAUGACAUCCAGCACGACACCGCCGAGCUCUCCUGGUUGCCCAGCAACAGCAACUACGGCCACACGGUGUCCCUGGACGGAGCGGAGCACGCGGUGGUGAGGCCGGGGCGGUACCGGCUGCGCUUCCUGCACCUGAAGCCGCUGACGGUGUACAAGGUGACGGUGGCAGCGCAGCCGCACCAGGUGCCGUGGCAGCUCCCGCUGGAGCAGCGGGAGAGGAAGGAGGCUGGGGUGGAGUUCUGCACGCAGGCUGCAGGUCCAACACCGUAUUGCAGAACAGGGCCCCCCAUGCCUCCCCAGGACGUGCAGGUGCUGUGUGGGCAGGGCGCAGGGGUCCUGCAGGUCCGCUGGAAGCCUCCCAUCCUCUCCCCUACAGGCACAUCCAACGGAGCAAACGUCAUAGGCUACGCAGUCUGCACGAAAGGGCAGAGGAUAGCGGAGGUGCUGUACCCGAUGGCGGACUACGUGACCAUCGAGCUGAACAGGAUUCAGUGCUUGGAGGCGAGGGAGGUGAUCGUCAGGACGCUGUCGGUCCAGGGGGAGUCGCAGGACUCCCACGUCGCUGUCAUUCCAAACAACCUGCUGGUGCCUCUACCUCCGCUCGCCCUGCCGCCUCCCAUGCAUCCCCACGCGGGCCCCCCUCCGCCCCCCCACCCCCACCCCCAGCCUCAUCUCCAGUCUCCUCACCCUCCCCACGCCGCUCCCCAACUCCCCGCUCCGCCUCAAGCACAUGGGCAGCCGCUCCCGGCUCAUCCCGGACAUCCGCAACCCCAUCCCAGACUCCCCCACCCGGGCGGUGCUCCUCAGCCCCGGCUCCGACUGCCGCAGCCGCAGCCCCUGCACCUGCAGCCUCUCCCGCCUCACCAGGGUCCCAGGCCUCAGCAUCAACUGCCUCUGUUACCCCACCUCCAACCCCACCCUUUACCUCAGAGACCAGUAAGUGCCAGAGACCUGGAUGCCAAAGAGCACGUGGCCCAUCACGGGGGAGUUAUUCCGCCCAGCCAGCCUGGCUGGGACACACGCUCCCCCUCCUCUCAGCCUCCCGUGCCCAUGCAGGGCCACACUCUUGAGGCCCCUCCCCCUGCCAAUCCACGCUCCCCCUCCCCUCAGAGGAUCCUUCCUCAGCCCAGAGGCACAUUAAUUCCAGACACUGUGGCCAAAGCCAUCGCCCGAGAAGCAGCACAGAGGGUGGCAGCAGAGAGUGGAAAGGGAGACAGGAGGCCAGGCAGGUACGGAGAGCAGGGUCAUUCAUUUCACCAGCAUCACUCCGACGAGGAAGAGGAGGAUGUGGAGGGAUUUGCACGCGGCCGUCGGAGAGGACCCUCAGUCGACGAGUUUCUCAGGGGCUCUGAGCUGGGGAGGCCGCCUCACUAUAGUCACAAUGAAGAUUAUCACAGCGAAAGCAGCCGGGGCUCUGACCUGUCUGACAUCAUGGAAGAGGAUGAGGAGGAGCUAUACUCUGAGAUGCAGCUGGAAGAGGGACGCCGGCGCAACUCGCACAACACACCCAAGAGCAACACCCCCGCCGGAGGCUGGCGCGAGCGGGAGCCUGGGAGAAGAGGUCCCCGUGGAGGUUCCCAGCCCCAGAGACGACCUCUGAUGGUCCCUUCCAUCGAGGUAACUUCUGAGAAUAACAGUGAGGGAAACCUCUCCCCCAUCAACGAAGAUGUUUACUAUGGCAAAGUAGCGCGGCACAGGACGUGGUCACCUCGCAGGCACAUGGGCGGCACCAGGUCUCCCCAUGAUGGAUACAGGGACCGGGACCGCUGCUCACCCACGUACUACGAUGAGUCCGAGCCUGAGGACUUCCGGAUCUUUGUGGCCCUGUUUGACUACGACCCACUGUCCAUGUCUCCAAACCCAGAUGCUGCUGAUGAGGAACUGCCCUUUAAAGAAGGACAGAUCAUUAGGGUGUAUGGCGAUAAAGACACGGACGGGUUCUACAGAGGGGAGGUGAGGGGCAGGAUGGGGCUGAUACCCUGUAACAUGGUGUCAGAGAUACGGGCGGAGGAUGAGGAGACCAUGGACCAGCUCAUCAAACAGGGCUUCCUGCCUCUCAGCACCCCGGUGGACAGGAUAGAGCAGAACAGAAGAGGCCUUUGCCGCGACCAGGCCUCGAGGAGGAUGGUGGCUCUGUACGACUAUGACCCGCGAGAGAGCUCUCCCAACGUCGACGUGGAGGCCGAGCUGACCUUCUGUGCCGGCGACAUCAUCGCUGUGUUUGGAGACAUCGAUGAAGACGGGUUUUAUUAUGGCGAAAUGAACGGCCACCGUGGUCUGGUUCCCUCCAACUUUCUGGAAGAAGUGCCUGACGACGUGGAGGUGUAUCUGACCGAUACGCCGUCCCACUACCCCCAGGAGGAGCCGGCCAGCCACCCCCCCGCCAACUCCUCCUCCGCCGCCGCCGUCCCCGAGGCCAAACGGGUUCCCACAGAAACCACAGACGCGGCCGAUAAAGACGCCGCGCCCGUGCGAGCGCCGUCUCCCAUCGUGCGGCCCCUCCUGCCGGGCACCAUGAGGCCCUUCAGCCCCACCAGGGUCCCUCACGCCGCGCUGGACCCCCGGGACCCCCAGGACCUGGCCAACAAGAAGAAGAAAGGUCUACUUUCCAAGGGGAAGAAGCUCCUGAAGAGACUCUCCCCUGUGAAAUAAAAAAAGCGAACGCAAGCAUUCUUGUACAAUACGUGCACACGCUGGGCUCUGUAUAUUGCAUCCAUACAAUCAAAGCCGACAAAACAGGACAAAGAGGAUGUGAACUUUGUCUCCUGGACUGGGUGAGCCUAUCUGAAUAUACAAGUGAUUAUUCAUGUGUGGUGGUGGAUACGAAUCAACUAAAUUAUGUACAGUGCAGUGCCAAAAUCAAGAGAGACACAAAAACAGACACAAAUUACUGUGAUGUAUUUUACUUCAACAACAAAAAAGACUAGGAUUUUCAUGACAUGUAUUUUUCUUUACCGUCAGUCAGAGACUCAUUGAUUUGAAGCAGGGUAAGCGGCCGGCUACAUGUACAGGACGUUCACUGAUCAGACACCAAACUCUCCAACAGACCACACUGUUAUUGAGGCAUUGCGACAGUAAUGCUGGCUGCUAACAGACAACAGAGGCUUUAUUCAGUGCAAUAUCACAGCGAGGUCCCGUAGCAGAGAGGUCGCUGCUACGACAGGAGAGACCGACACCAGGGCAUUACGUCAGAACCACCAGGCGAGCGCAGCCGUCCCAGUGGCCUUUAUGAGAACAACCACCCCCCCCCGUUCCUCCGUCGGCCGAGCAGCAGCAGCAGCAGCUUUCUUUUCCCAGGGUUCACGCUGAGCAGGCGUGUUUGUCGUCCCCGCUGUCCAACUGUCAUGAAACGCCUGGUUCCGGGCUAAAUCUUGUGUCUGUCCUGUUGCACAAAGGUGUUGUCUGACGGUCGGUGGAUCUGUUGUGCGCUUGUGUGCGUGCGUGGGGGCAUUCAUGUCUUCUGCCAGUUUCAUGAUCAUCGCCUUUAGUUGUUCUGGAGGAGAGGCCGUGCAGCCGAUGCGCUGCCGCCUCCAUCGCCUGCGCUCUGUUUAGCUUGGACACGAGGCCACAAGCGAAAAGAACCUCCAAAUCAAAAUGACGAGAAGCGCUUUGUUUUCUAUCUGAGCUCCGUGGAUGUAAAUAUGAACUCAUUUCACCUAAACAUCUGACAUGUGGCUCCAUUUAUGCUUUACAGGCCUAAAACGGCAUCUAAUACGCUACAGAUCGGAUCCUAGAGAGCUCACACUCAAUAACCUCAACAUUCGCCGUCGCUCCAUUCGGUUUGUUGACUCGCUGAAUGUUUUAUAUCCUUCAUCGAUUCAUCAAAAAGCAAACAGUCCGUUCGCAUCACGCCGCUAAACAGAUUUGCAGCAGAGAAUGUUGCCUGAUCAGCAGAAACGAUUAAAGGCCCUGCAGGCUGUGGCAUCGACUGACUGUUCAAUCAGCCUCUCGUGCGCAGAGGCGCAGACGCGCGGCGGCCGUGAACGCGACUGGAAGCCUGAUUAAAGAACGGGAGCUUCUGACUCGUUCUGAAAAGUCAGUCUCACUGCUGGACUUCAUUUCAGUUCUGACUGGCAGCAUCCUCCGCCUCUGUUGCUGAGCGUCUGAUCCAACUAACCUUUCAUAUUCCUCAUAUAACUGUCCUUUUCAUGCAGCAGUGAAAACACAGCGGACCGACCUCUGUCUGUUACGUUUACCGUCGUAUUGUAUUGAAGCGGUGUUUUCCAUAGUCCUGCUGGUUGUCAUGGGGACGGGUCUGCAUACUGACCAACAUCCUGUGUGUGGCGAUGAACCCAGUUGCUAAAUGGAGGGAGAGUACGUCUCACAGCUUUAAUCAUUUGUACAACCAUCACUGCCAUUUUAUCUCCAUUCCAUCCAACUGUUCCUUGUGUCAAGUUGCACUCGGAGUGUGUUUGUCGCGUGAAACAGGGUCCCCCUGCUCAUUAUUUAUUCACUUUAUUGAUGAACUGCAGGAUGGAAUGUAGAAACGCUUCAGCCAAUAGGUUUACGCGGAUCAUUUGGGUUCCAGAGCUGUUUCUGUGUCGUUCAAUCUGUCGCAAAAUCAAAAUUAUUAUACAGUGGUGUCCCAAUACCAAAUCAUUCACUUGUGAAUGGGUGUAGUGUCUCAAAAUGCUGUAGCUCUUUUGUACUUUGAUCCAUUUGUAGAUAAUUUCUAAAUGUUUCUACUUGAUUUUAUGACGGCCUUUUUUUUAGUGCACUGAGAUUCCCUCUCCCAACAAACGACUGCGAGCAUUUCAUAGUGUCUUUUGAAGUCAGAUGUAUCGGUCCACCAUAUGUGCUUGCUUUGUGAAUCAAAGUUGUGAAAAAGAAAAAACUAGAAAUCAUUGGACAGUAUUUAUGGUGAUUAGUUAUGUGUGGGUGUGCAUGUGAAAAAAUACGACUUUUAUAACCAAAUUAAAUUUGAUAUUUUUCAGGAA